UCCUCUGCGCAGUUUGCCAGUUUCUUUUUUUCUUCCUUGUUUUUUUUUGAAAGAGCAGUUUCUUAUGGUUUAAUCCAUCGAUUUCUUUCUUGAUCCCCAAAGACCAAACGUGUCCCCCUUUUUCAUUUUUCUGUGUUUGAAGAGCGUCAUGGCUGACCCAUCGUUGCCUUCUCACUGACCACUUUACCCCUUGUUACGUGGCUUCUUUUUCCUCAUGCACUUGGUGAUAUCUGUUGCUUCCAAACAUGGUCUCGAUCUUCCCCAUAGACAGAGUCAGAUACCGCCAUGGAUCAUGAGAUGGAGCUGAAGGGGUGUUUCCGCCGGAUCAAGAACUGCGCGGUCGAACUCUUCUCGACAAUGGAGGAGGACCUGGAAAUGGACGACGAGGACUCGUGGGACCUUGUUGGGAGGGACAUCCGGCUGAAGGCCACCUUCCUGUACAUUGACCUCAGCCGCUUGAUCGCCUCCUGCGAGGGUGAAGAGCACAAGAAGGCGCUUACCGUCCUCACCAACCGGUUCUUCUACUCCAUGGAUGAGCUGGGCGACGCGGUGGAGAGCCGGAGCCUCCCCCUGACGCAGGUGCGCUACAGCGACACGGCCGGCGCGCUCCGCGAGGUGGUCGCCGUCCUCGCCCCGUCCCUGCACCUCGGCCCGCCCUGCGACCCGGAGGAAUAGGAAAGAAAGCACCGGGUGGGGGUGGGCCAGGUGCUGGAUCAUUGGACCGGUGGAUCUGACAGGAUAAGCUUGGCAUCUCUAGAACGAAAGAGAGUGAGAGGGAGGUGGAGAAAGAUGCAGCCAGGAGGAUCGCCUGUGUGGUGUGGAUGUGUACAUAUUGUCUUCGAAUUGGGGCCGUUAGCGUCUUUCUUUCGCCUCCGGUUUCGCUCGCCGCUGAGAUGCUCUCUCAACUCUGAUCCUGCCCCCUAUCAAAAAAAAAACUCUGUUCCUGUC